GUAAAAACCUGCGAGGUUUGAACACUGUAACAACCAAAACUCCAAAGCCAUUCUCCAACCUUCUCCACCAAUCACCAUCGCCCCUCUUUAACCAUAUUCUUCCAUCAACGGCUCUCUCUCCCCCUCCCUCCAAGAACAGGAAAAAAAAACUGACUUUCUUCCUAUCUUCUUCUUCCCUCCUCCCAACCAUAAUCAUGGAAGAACUCAAGCCCUCAGAGAAGAAGACCCUCCAUGAUCUCAAGCUCAAGCUCGAAGAAUCCAUUAAAAGCAACCACCUUUUCUUUCUCCAUCCCAUCUCCCAACCUCAGAAAAGAAGCCCCAUUUCCAAACCUCGCAUUGCUUCCUGUUCCUCCUCCAACAAACCCACUUCCACAUCACAAACCAGCAAAAUCUCUCUUUGGGGCAUUCCCCUACUUCCUUCUGCAUCAAAUGAUUGCCUUGACACCAUUCUUCUUAAAUUCCUUCGAGCAAGAGAAUUCAGGCUCUGUGAAACAUUCGAAAUGAUUCAGAGAACGUUGAGGUGGAGAAAGGAGUAUGGGAUUGAUGGAAUUCUGAAAGAAGAUUUGGAUUCAGAAUAUUAUGUGGGGACUGCAUAUAUGGAUGGAUUUGACAGGGAGGGCCAUCCUGUUUGCUACAAUGUGUAUGGAUCAUUGAGGGAGGAUGGGAUGUAUGAGAAGGUGUUUGGGAGCAGGGAGAAGCAGGAGAGGUUUUUGAGGUGGAGGGUUCAGUUCAUGGAGAGAGGAAUUCAGGAGUUUGUGAGCUUCAAGCUUGGAGAGGUUUCAGCCAUGGUGCAGGUUAUAGAUCUUAGGGAUUUGUUGGGGUCCUCUGUGAAGGAGCUGAGAGGCACCGUGGAGAAGAUGAUCAGGAUCUUUCAGGAUAACUAUCCUGAGUUCAUCUUUAAAAAUAUAUUUCUGAAUGCUUCACUUCGAUGCUACACCUACAGAGCAUUAUUGUCGCCAUUGCUGAGCCACAGAACUGAAAGCAAGUUUGCGUUCGCUCGACCUUCCAAAGUAACUGAAACUCUGUUGAGGUAUAUUGAUCCACAGAAUAUACCAAUUCAGUAUGGUGGUUUUAAGAGACAAAACGACGCUGAGUUCUUAGCUGAGGAUGAAACAGUUUCAGAGACCUUUGUGAAGGGAGGAAGCAUUACUCUAAUCGAAAUUCCGAUUUUUUAUGGAGGGGUGACAGCAGUUUGGGAUAUGGUGGUUGUAGGAUGGGAGGUGGUGUACAGAGAGGAGUUCAUUCCAGAAGACGAAGGCUCGUAUAAAAUACUCAUAAAAGUGGAGAAGAAGCUCAGGAAACCCGCGAGGAACUCAUUCUACAUUCACGAACCAGGUAAGCUGGUCUUCACCAUAGAAAACAAGACUUCCGACAAGAAAUCCAUCUUCUAUAGAUAUAAGUUCAAGCCCACCAUUCCUUGUUAUACUUCGAUCGGUCGCCAUCCCAUUAGGUAAAAAUUAAUGUUCUCAGAUGUUGAAGCAUGAAUUUUUUAAAGCAUUUAUUAAUUCUCUUCGACAAGUUUUGUUUGGAUUUUGAAUAGAUAGAUCGUCAUUUGAUUGUAUUACUUACGAGCAAUAAUGCUAUAUUCUUAGAA